ACCCAUUGGCAUCAUCACUUGGUCAAUCUAGUGUUAAAGAUUAUUUUUACUCUGCAGAGCAAGACUUUCUCGACAAUCCUUUAAGGAUUAUCUAUGAUACUAAGAUUAAUGGCCAAAAGAAAGUAAACAUACCAGGUUUAUAUGUUUAUUGUGAAGUAGAAGGUAAUAGACAAUCUGAUAUUGAAGUAUUGGAAUUAUUACAGUUGCACGAAGAAGAAAUUUUUAAUAUUCUUCCAUCCAGUGUGAUUGGAAUAGGGAUUACCUUUGUAAAGUCAUAUCAGGAGCCUUCCAUCAUUCUCUAUGUUAAUAUUCUACCCGAGCUCUCCGAACAAACAAUUGAAAAUUUUUUUGCAAUAUUACAACGACCACCAGAGGAUAUUGUUAUUUGCCUAUUAUUCGACGAGGAUAAACUCAAUAACAAUGCCGAACGAAGUAAUAAUAAUAACUCUAGUAGAAACUUUGGCGUAGAAAAGGAAGAGGAUAAUAGAGAAAGAGAAAAUAACUCUGAUGGGAGCAAAGGAGAAAAUAAAGAUAGAGAGGAUGAUCCUAAUGGAGGCAAGGAGUAUAACAAAGAUAACGAGGGCGAUUCCAACGAAAGUCAGAGAGGUAAUGAUGAAAAUGAAAACGGAUUAAACAAAAAUAACAAAGGCAAGGAAAAAGAAGGCGGUGGUAACGAUGAUGACGAUGGUGAUCCGAGUGACACUAAUAGUAAUACAAUGCCCUAUGGAGCUAUUUAUGCAAGUGCUAAUGUUCAUAUUACGCCUGACAAUAACAAUGAUAACUUUGGCCAAGCGGCUUAUAUACAAUUUAAAUUGAGAAUGCGGCGCCUAAAGAGUACAAAUGACGAGUUAAAAAGUUUAAAAUUCGAGAUCUUUGGCAUAAUCUUUUCAGGUGGAGAGAUGCUAUCAUCUAAAAUUCCUAAUCUCAAGGGCGAAGGAUAUUACCCUGUUAAAGCCGAAGUUAUUUUAGAACCAAGGCAAGAUGAUCAAAAAAAAAAAUUAUCUAGAUUAAUUACAUCUAUCGAUCUAAACUCUCCGAGCGGUGAAAUGAAUGUUAUACGGAAUCGAACCGAGACAAAUAAUGUUGGCACAACGGCAGGAGUUAAUGGGAUUAACCCUAAUCUUACAGUAAAUUUAAAUAAAGAGAUAACAAUAAAUGAGAAAGUUUCUUCCGUUCGCAUUACCAAUCCUAAUCUAGGGUUCCCAAAUAUUUUAUGGGAACAUGAUCUAGGAAAUGAGGAAAGAAGGCUUCCUGUUUAUUCUGAGGCGCCACUACACACGGCUUGCAUUGGGUACAAGGAUGUAAAAAAUUUUGAAGUUAAGGCGACAUUAACUUUAGAAUAUAACGAACACUUUAUUUCAGGAUUAAUUAAAAUUAUCCCUUUCCGGCGUGUAAUAAAGCUCCCAAAAAGGUUGAAAUUUUCGUUUUCUAUAAUAAUUGCAGAAAAUCAAAUUCAAAAUAUCUUUAGAAAGAAUGGUCCGGUAUACUACUGCAGUCCAGAAGCCUUACAAGCCGAUCGGGAUAAUAAUUUUGAAGACUUAUCAGAGAACGAUUUGGAAAAUAGUGGAAUCAUUUCCUCACAAGAGAUAAAAAAAUUAAAUCUUAAAAAAUAA